AUGAUUUUCUAUUUUCUGCUAUAGGGAAUUAUACGUAAAUUUUAAUUUAUUAUGAUUAGUGUUAACACAGCAGGCUGGGGAAUGUAUAGUGCCGAAAUUACUUAGGGAUAUUGUUCUUGGGGUUGCUUAUUGUGUGAAGUAUCGUUUAAAUGUUAAACUUGUUCAAGUGGAUUCCUAAAUUAUCGAGAUGGUACUUGUACAAGUGGCUGCUCAUCUCCAUAUCAGAAAUAAAGUGGCUCUUAUUGUUAUGAUUUUGAUGAUGAAACACCUUGUAUAUUUUAUUAUUAUAUUUAGACUCUUAGUACUUGAUUAAAGAAUAUAUUAAUACUGCCGCUGAUCCUGGAUAAUAUGCGUAAUAUACUUUAAUUUCUCAAAGUGGAACAAACUUUUUAAAAGGAUCAGAUAUCUAUUAUUCUUAUUUUUAAAGAAUUAGAAUUUUUGGAGGACCUUUUAUAUGGUCCUAAGCUAAGUUUUAAAGGAUUCAUAAUAUAAUAACUCCUCAUCAUAGCCUUACUAUUGCUUUUUAUAUAGUUUAUGGACCAACAUUCCCUUCAGAUGGAAAUUUUAUAUAUUCUAUUGAAAAUAAUACACCAGUUUCUAAAUCAACUGCUAGUUAUUAUUCAACUUAUUCUGACGGGGCAAAAUACGAUAAAGUUUAUGAGAAAAUAAAUCAUAAUUCAAAUACAUUAACAAUUACUUGGGAAUGUUUUGGUCCAAAUAAUGAACCAAUUAAAGCUUAUUGUGGAUUCUAUAAUUAUUAUAUUGCAGUUCAUAAUUGCUAACCUUAUUGUUUAUAAUGUUCCAAUUAAAGUACAUGUACACAAUGGAACAGCACAUAUAAUAUUAAUAUUGUUAAAUUUUCUUAAGCAGAAUGUUAGAUUAACUAAUACUAUGAUAAGGAAUCUGUUAGAUGUUUCGAUUGUCCAUCGUCUUGUCUAACAUGUACAUCAAAAAUAGAUUGUUAAACAUGCUAACCUACUUAUACUUAAUCUAAAUUAGGAUGUACUUGUACAAUGAAUCAAUAUGAAGAUUCAAAUUAAUGUUUUAAUUGUCCUAUUGAAUGUAAUUAAUGUUUAAGUUCUACCUAUUGUAUAGAAUGUUUAAUUAGUAAUAAUAGACAAUUAUUAAAUGGAUAAUGCAUUUGUAUUGAUGGUUCUUUUCUCACUAAUAAUAAUAUAUGCAUACCAAUUUGUGGAGAUUCAUUGAUAGUCAGUGGUGAACAAUGUGAGAAUUCAUCUAUAUUACCAUAUAAAGGUUGUAUUAAUUGCUAAGCAAGAUGUCAAAGUUCUUGCCUGACUUGUAGUACUUCUGGAAUUGGUUGUUUAUCAUGUAAAGAUGGUUACAAUCGUAUUGAUAAUUUAUGUUAUUCAAUUUGUGGUGAUAAAAUAAUUACCGAAGAUGAACAAUGUGACGAUGGCAAUUUAAUAAUUGGAGAUGGAUGUCAUAACUGUUAAUUUAGUUGUUAAGAAUCAUGCAUUUAUUGUAUUUAAGGAGUUUGUUAUGAUUGUUAAGAAGGUUAUCGCAUAAUAUCAUUUAAAUGUUAUCCUAUAUGUGGAGAUGGAGUUUAGAAAUAUAAUGAAUAAUGUGAUACAUUGCAGAAUUAAUAGAAAUGUAAAUCUUGUUAAUUUACUUGUGAUUUGAAUUGUUACUUCUGUUAAUUUGGUCUAUGUUAACAAUGCUUAGAUGGAUAUGAAUUAUCCUCAGAUUAAUUUUAUUGCGUUAAAUCUUUCUAAUAUAAUUCUAUUGAAAUUGAAAACUGUUAAAUCUAAAUUGGCAUCGAUUUCAUUUAAUGCCAUAAUUACACCAACUUCGGUAAAGUAGAAUAGAAAUACUAUUUUGAAGAAGCCCCAUUGAGUUUUUGUCAAUAUUAACAUAAAUUAUCUCCAAAUUUAUAUUUCACUUAUUGUUUUGAUCAUUGUGCUGCUUGUGAUGAAAACAAUUGCAUUAGUUGUCAAAGUGGCUAUUAUUUUAAUGAUAGUUUUUCUUGUAUUUCAUCUUAUGGAAUUGGAAUACUUGCACAUGAUGAACACUGUGAAAUGGAUAAUCAAAAUUGUUUAAGUUGUAUGUUUAAUGCUCCAAAAUUAUGUGAACUAUAUUUUGAAGAUACUUGUUUUAAAUGUGAAAAUGGAUAUUAUAUUAAUUAAUUUACAAAUAUUUGUGAAUCUAAGUGUGGAGAUGGAAUAAUAACACAUGAUGAAUAAUGUGAAGAUAAUAAUUAUAUAUAAUUUGAUGGUUGUUAUUAUUGCAAAUAUUCUUGUAGCUAGUAAUGUUUAAACUGCAUAAAUGGAUUAUGUUAAAAAUGCAACUAAAAUUAUUAACUUUUGGAUGGAUUUUGUUAUGUUGAAGAGAAUGGGAUUGAAUACCUUCCAGAAUGUGAAUUCAACAUAAAUGGUGAAUGCUUAACAUGCUAGAAAGAUUAUAAAUUGGAUUUAUAAGGUGCUUGUAUUUCUAUAUGCUCGGAAAGCUGUAUUUAAUGUCAUUAUGGUUAAUGCUUUGAAUGUGCAGAAUAAUAUGAACUUUAUGAGAAUAUAUGCAUAAAGAAUAGGCAGUGUUAAAAGGGUUUGUAUUUUAAUUAAGAGUUAUAAAUUUGUGAAUCUUUAUGUGGGGAUGGAUUUAUUAAUGGAUGGGAAGAAUGUGAUGAUUAAAACAUGCAGUAAUUUGAUGGUUGCUAUUAAUGUAAAUUUGAGUGUGAUGAACAUUGUAUUGAAUGUAUUUACGGUGAAUGUUUUUAAUGUUCAUAAGAGUUUAAUUUAAAUGAAAAUAAAUGUUAAUCAAAAUGUUAAGAAACUUGUCUUAAUUGUGCUUAAGGUGGAUGUUAAUUAUGCAGUAAUGGGUAUCUUUUGGAUGAAUAUUUUAAUUGUAUCAAAAUUACCUGUCAGUAUGAUUUGAGUUGUACAACUGAAUGUGGUAAUGGCAUUAUUGAAAAUCUAGAGUAGUGUGAUGAUUAGAAUCUAAUUAAUGAUGAUAGUUGUAAUAAUUAAUGUGAAUAAACUUGUGAUGUUAAUUGUACUCAAUGUAUUGAAGGUAUUUGUUAUGAGUGUAAAGAAGGAUGGAGAUUAGGUUUAUUCUUUUGUGAAUCAAUCUGUGGAGAUUAAAUUUUAGUUGGGAAUGAAGAAUGCGAUGAUUGUAAUUAAAAUUCUUAUGAUGGAUGUUUUUAAUGUAAAUUUUAAUGUACUCAAUACUGUGAAAUAUGCUUGAAUGGAAUAUGUCAAUCAUGUUAAAUUAAUUAUGAAUUAGAUUUAUUAAAUAAUAAAUGUAAAUCUAUACAACCUGUACUAGCAAUAUAUGAGUAGCCUAAUUGUAAAUUAUUAAAUAAUAACUAAUAUAUUCUUUGUUAAUUUGGAUGCCUAGAUUUGAUUACUAGUACACUUAUCAUUGAUUAUAAUAUGAAUAAAUGUUCAAAAAAUUGUAAAUUAUGCUUACUUUCAUAAUGUUUAGAAUGUGAAUUUGGAUAUUAUGGAAAUAAAUGUAUGCCUAAAUGUGGUGAUGGUAUAAUAGUUUAGGAAGAAGAAUGCGAUGAUGGCAAUUAGUAUGAAGUAGAUACAUGUCUCAAUUGUAAGUAUUAAUGUCCUCUAUAUUGUAAAUUAUGUGCUUAUGGAGUUUGCACUCAUUGUUUUGAAGGAUUCUAUUUAGAUAUUGUAAGUAUUUCGUGUAAUCCAAUUUGUGGGGAUACAAUACUCUCAGGUAAUGAAGCUUGUGAUGAUGGUAAUGAAUUGACAUAUGAUGGAUGUUUCAAAUGUAAUUAUUAAUGUCAAAUGGAAUGUUUGAAUUGUUUUUUUGGAAAGUGUAUGGAAUGUGAAUCUCCUUUAAUAGUUGUAUAAGCAAAAGGAAUUUGUGAAUAAUUAAAAUAAUGUGAAGGUUUAAUUGGAUUAUACUAUGAUGAUUUUAGUAAUGAUUGUUUGCCAUUAUGUGGAGAUGGUAUAGUUGUAGGUAAUGAAUAAUGCGAAGAUUUAAAUAAUACUCCUUAUGAUGGAUGCUAUGAUUGCAAAUAUUAAUGUUAAAUUGGUUCUUUACUUAAUUAAACUUCUUGUAUUCCUAUUUGUGGAGAUGGUAUUGUAAUUGAUGAAUAUGAAGAGUGUGAUGAUUAAAAUGAUUAACCUUAUGAUGGAUGUUUUGAAUGCUAAUUUUAAUGUAUAUAAAAUUGUUUAGUUUGUUAAAAAGGAAUAUGUCUUAAAUGUGAUAUAGAUUUUUCCUUCAAAAAUAAUUAAUGUUUGUUAAAUAUCUAAAAUGAUAACAUAGAAUUAUCAUAAGAUAAUAAUGACUCAAUUAUAAAUAGUUAAAAUUUAUAAGAGUUGUUAUUUUAUGGAAAUAGUUUAUGCCGAAAAUCUGAAUGUGUUUACUCUUAAAAACCUAAUAUGAAACUAACAUAUCAAGAUUAAUAAUUUGCUCUUUAGUAUAUUGAAAUUACAUAUGAUGAACAAGUUAAAUAUGGCGAUUAAAUAAUAAAAGACUAAGACUUAUUUAAUAUAAGCAUUAGUGAUUUGGAUUCUUAAAAUUAUGACAUCACAAUCAAUACAAUUUAAGAAAUGUCAUUUGAUCUUUAAUAUGCUUAGUAUUAAAUUGUGAUUGAAAUAUUUUUAUAGCUUUCAACAAAACCAGUUCUUUUUGUUUAGUUGA